UUUAAGUAGCCAUCGACAAACAGGAUUGCCUGAGAUCACCCUGCCAAGAGGCUGAGGCGGCGUGUCGUGGUAAUUGUGUUUGUUAUUAUUAGAGCAUCAUAGUUCUCAUGGAAUCAAGAUGCUGGUCCUGAGAGGCUCCGCCUCCGUCGGGACGCUAUCAUCACUACUAAAGCCCGAUGGAGUAAGUGAUCUCGACCGUAGAGUUAAGGAUGGACCCAGCAAUACCCAAUCACACUCGCCACUCGGCAGACCGACUCCAUCGAUGGAAGAAGAGGAAACGACGGGUCAGAUCAUGGUCCUAUCCAGGAAAGUAAACGGAGUUCCACGAAAAUAAUCACAAUUCGACAGAGCACUAGAAAGAUCAAGCGUCGUCUAACCCCUGAGACACG